UUGUGGAUUUUAGCCACUCGGAAACUUGAAUGUGAAUCUAUUCUGGGUCAUCGGGUGUCACGAUGUGCUUUGCGUAAUUCAGAGUCCAAACCUGAACUUAAUCCUAUGUGUCACGAGAAAAUAGAUGAAGUAAAAAAUGAAACAAGAAUCUACUGCCGUAUAAUGUGCGAGGAAUCAGAUGACACCACGGUAUUGAAGAAAGUACCAUCAUGGAACCAUGCAUGCAAUAUCUACUAUAGUUAUAUGUUGGAAAGAUUUCGUGAAGAUUGGUAUUUAUGGCGUUCAGGAGACUGUCUUAAUACAACAAUAACAUUCGAAAUUCGCUGUGGUUUUGCCCGUGAUUCACGGACGUUUUACCGGCAAAAUCAAAAAUUAUUUGAAUACGAUGAUACAGAAGACGAGCAGAAGCGAGCAAGAAAUUGGAGAAUCGCCUUCUCCUAG